AUGGAACGUUCACACGAAGUUUUCAAUAGUCUAGUUGUUUCAGGAAAUGUGUUUGUGGUAUUGGCGGUAGUAUCACAGUCACAACUCAGAAGUACCACUGAUUACCUCAUAUCGUCGCUGGCCAUGGCCGACUUGCUCAUCAUCAUCUUCUGCCUUCCAACCACAUUGCUCAACAAUAUUUUAACAGAUUGGCAACUCGGCGCUUUAUUUUGUAAAUUAUCCACAUGGAUAAAUGCGACAACAUCGUGUGCUUCCAUUUAUACUCUUGUUGCAGUAACAGCUGAUCGAUACUUGGCAAUUUGCCAUACGCUUAAGUAUACACAGUGGGAAGCUGGGUACACAUUGUACGCGAUUGCUGGCAUUUGGAUUGUUAGUGGAUCGCUGGCAACUCCCAGCUUGUAUGGCUACGAUGAGAUCUACUUUGAAUACGGUAACAACACGGUAUGCGUGUGUGCGUCGAGGACGAAUGAGAAGUUGCAAUUCGUGGUAGUUAACCUGAUUCUGGCCUUCAUCGUUCCAUUUGCGCUCAUCUCCGUUUCCUAUACGAAGAUCUUCUACACCGUGUCAAAUCAUCGAAGUCUCGCCGUCGAUGCUCAUAUCCGCGAUGAACGCAUCAAGCUGCGGGUGGCAACAAUGAUGUUGACGGUCAUCGUAGUUUUCGCACUGUGUUGGCUGCCCUUGUACGGCAUCUAUACGUACUUCUUUUUCUUUGCCGACAACGACUCCUACGUUUUCAUGCUUGCGUCCCAGGUGAGCAUGCUUUUUUCACCUAAAUAA